AUGCAGUCACAGCUUGUUGAAGAGGUUGGCUGUCCAAAUGGCUUCUCCAGGGAGCCUGGGGGUCCAUCUGGUCAGCACAUCAUAACUUCUCCAGAUCUGGCCAAAGAAGUGGUCAUCUCCCCUGGACUGCCAACUCCACCUUUCAGCCCCAUCUGCUUAGCAAGGCUUCCUUCUGCAGAGGUCAAGGCCUCUGAUUUCAACGGCGGUGGCCAAACUACUCCCAGCUUUGGAUCAUACUAUGGCCCUCCACAUGGGGGGCUCACCAAUGGGGUCCAACCGUCUCCCACCAGAGAGGAAAGACUCAUCAAAUUCUCAGGAAUUGGCCCAGUGGACGAAACUGGGAUGCCCAUUGCACCUAGAUCUAGUGUAAACAAGCCCAGAGACUGGUACAAGAGCAUGUUCAAACAAAUACAUAAGAAGCCGGAGGAUUUGGAGCAGGAGGAUUCUGAUAGGUGGUCAGCCAGAUGCCUGCAGGGCUCUGCGAACAACAGGGAUGAAGAAAGUGAUAAAUACUUCAGGCUAUCACCACAUGGAGCCUUGCCUGACUGGAGCCAAGAUGUUAGCGAGCUGUCAGAUCCAGGGAAGCAGAAGCCUAAACCCAAGAGCAUUUUUGACUUUGAGUCUGAAAAUGAUGUCCCUUCAGUGAACCUCCACCAGGGUUAUCGGCCACCACAAAAACAGGUUGAGAAGUCAAAGUCUCCAUCAGUUGAGGCCAGUCUAGUCUCUGAGCUGAGUCGCUUUGAGGCCGAGUUGGACUCAGAUAUCCAGGGCCUGGAGCAGAGACUGUCCCAGAAGAAGCAGCAGCGUCAAGGCUGGGGUGAGAAUACCAAGAACGGGGACCCGGUAAUUGCUGCGCGAGCUGGAAACACAAACUACAGCAACCACACCGUGCCAAAGCAGCCCAUCCAACACUCUGUUGGCCCCUCUUCAGCCUUCGAUCGACUUUCCGCUGCCAAUGACACGAUGGAGCACUCGCCUAAGAAAGAAGAAAAAAAGAUGAAAGCAGCUCGAGUCAAAUUUAAUUUCCAGGCUCAGUCGCCAAAGGAGCUCACACUGCAAAAGGGCGACAUUGUUUACAUCCACAGGCAAGUCGACGGCAACUGGUUUGAAGGAGAACAUCACGGUAGAGCAGGCAUCUUCCCCACCACAUAUGUAGAGGUUUUGUCGCCUUCUGAGAAGCCAACCCCUAUAAAGCCUCCCAGUGUGCAGGUGCUGGAAUAUGGCGAAGCAGUAGCACUGUACAACUUUAAUGCUGACCUUCCAGUUGAGCUUGCCUUUCGAAAAGGGGAAGUAAUAAGUAUAACCAGAUGUGUCGAUGACAAAUGGCUGGAGGGGAGAAUCUCAGGGACCAACCGGAGUGGCAUCUUCCCUGCCAGCUACGUUCAGGUCAACAAGAUGCCCCGCACCAAAUACUCCACAGAUGACUACUCGUCAAGCCCCAUGUCUCCUGGACCUCAAAGUCCAGGACGUCCACUCCACUCACCUUGCCUGCAGUCUCCAUUGUUUCCUCUCAGCCCCGCAAGCAGCAGCCCCAAACGAGAGCACUCCCCCCAGCAUCCAUCUUCACCUUUGACUUCUACGGCAGCAGCACAGUCGCACUCACACCUGUCAAAAGAAUCAGCCAAUCGGUGGCCCCACAAUUCCUCUAAACCUACUUCACCAGCCAACCACAGCACUUUCAGCUCUGCAUCACCUUCUGCUUGGUCAGCCACAUCUGCACAUUGCACAGGGGGGGCCACAGUAAACAUUCCCAGAUACAAUGAUUCCUCACAGGGUGCACACUCUAAUCCCGCUGCCAACUCCUACCUACCUGCACAGGUGUCGAACACCGCUAGCUCCACAGUGGUGCAACAUAAACCGUAUAAAGCUGUUUACAACUACAAACCACAGAAUGCAGAUGAGUUGGAGCUCAGAGAAGGCGAUAUUGUACAAGUAAUUGAGAAAUGUGAUGAUGGCUGGUUUGUAGGUACGUCAGAAAGGACUCAUGCAUUUGGGACUUUCCCUGGGAAUUAUGUGACACCAGUUUGA